AAGGCCAGCUUCAGCCACUACCAAUUGCGCAGCGUGUUGGCCGCCAGUGGACGAAACGAUGUGUAUUACGCAAACGGCAGCAAAGUCAUGCGCGCCUCGCUGGCCUGUCCGACGCAUAGCGAGACUGCAAUGGACCUUUCCAGGCCGAUGAAUUGUGCUCCGGGAUUCCGUAUCACCUGCUUGUCUGCAUCACCACGCAUGUCAUUCUCAUCAUACCAAUCCGAUGCAGUCUUGCUUGCCGGCGGAUUCGAAGGAGAGUUUGCGAUGCUCGACCUCAGCGCGGAAAGGAAGGGAGCUCACGCGGAAGGAAUGGUCACUCAUGCUUACAAUGGACUGGUCACCCACAUCCACAACUACACCGAUCGUACCUCUGGCGGUCUUCGCGCCGCCUUCUGCUCGAAUGAUAGCAAGCUCCGUCUGAUGGACGUUCGACGUCUACAGUUCAUUGAUACCUUUUCCUAUUCUACCGCCAUCAAUUGCUCCGCCACUUCUGCCGAUGGACGUCUUCGUGCACUGGUUGGCGACAGUUGCGAGACGAUCAUCACCGAUGCAGAGAAGGGCAAUCCUCUUGUGACGCUACGCGAGCAUACCGACCAUGGCUUCGCAUGUGUCUGGUCGCAAGACGGCCGCAACGUGGCUACCGCGGCUCAAGAUGGGAAAGUGGGUGUGUGGGAUACCAGGAACUGGUCGCAGCCUUCGCGAGUUCUGGAUACAGCAAUGUCGUGCGCACGAUCGCUGAAUUUCACCGACAACGGCGCCUUGGUCGUGGCCGAGAACGACGAUGUCGUUAGAAUUUAUGACGGCGGAAGCUUUGCUGCGUGGCAAGAGAUUCGUUUCUUCGGGUCCAUUGCGGGCGUGGCGCUGAUUGAUGGAGGCGCAGAAAUGGUCGUCGCCAAUGUCGACAAAACAGUUGGUGGCUUGCUGUCAUUUGAGCGGAACGAUGAGGGCGGU